AUGAAACUAGAAAAUCAACCAGAUAACGUGGCCACAAUGACACAAAAUGGUUACACACGUGAUCAAUAUACUACGUCAACGUUAACGCCGACAAAUAGUGCAGGAAAUUUGAAUCUAAUGCCUAAAAGAUAUACAUCAUCAACAAAAUUAUCACGACAAACUUCACUAGCAAAUCGAAAUAAUUAUUAUCCACAUUCGAUACAAAAUUCAAAUACGUCAAAUGAAUUUCUGAUACAUCAUACAUCAACCAGAGGUGUACCAAUAGUGGCUAGUGCAAUUAGUAAAUUUUUUGAAGCAACAAAAAUUAUGGAAGACGAAGUUAUGUUACCCUCAAAAUUAAAAGAUACAACAGUCGAAGAGAACAUGUUUGAUAGUGGUAUUCAACCAAAUAAUUGGCAUGAAGUAUUUAAAUUUGCUCAAGAUAUUCGUAAUCAAUUACAAUGUAGUAGGCCAUUUUCUGAUAAUUAUGAAUAUAAUCAUAUAAACAACCACAGCGAUAAUUAUGCCACACCAUCCUUAAUAAUUGAAAGUGAAACUGGAAAUUCAACUAAUUAUUCAUCAGCAUCCUCGACAACAUCAGAUUUAUCGUCUGAGGGUGAUAAUAAUCAUACAACAGCAAAUAUAUCAUCAUUUGAAGCAAUUAAAGAUGAAUUAAAAUUCCAUUAUUAUGGUUUAACUGAUACAUUAGAUAACUUAACGUGGAUGGUUAAUCGUGUUACAGAAAAAUAUCGUGAAGAUGUAGCAUUUAAACUAGGCUAA